GAAAGUCCUAGUCAAUAGCUUCAUAUAUUAUAUUUAAGUUCCAAACAUUGAAAGAAGUUACAAAAAUCGGUAACAAACCACGUAGUAGUUGGAGCCAAAAGGUCGUGUCAAAUUAAAAUAGUUGGAGAAAUAGUUUAUUACGUAGUACACAAUACGGAGUAUAAAAUUUAAAGUCGUGUCAAAUUAAAAUACUACCAUUACAAAAUGAGCCCAAAUAUCAUCUUGAAGUUGGAGAAAUACAACAAAAUAUCAACACAAAUCAUGACUGUUUCUUCUUGGCAUCGUCUUUCCUCUUGUCUCGAUAAUUCUUGGAGUGGAAAUCAAGGAAUAGAGCCAAAAGGGAAGCAUUGAAAACAGCAUUGAAGCACCAACCCGAUAUUCCGGAGCAACCCGACCCAGUAAAGUGAAAAUACAACAUCACCCCCGAAAUCGCAAAGCUAAACACAAACUGGAUAAUCUGGCAAUUCGUUACCACCCGUUUCCACCACGGGCGGUAACCCAGCGCGCAGAGCAAGUAGUAGGCGUACAUUAGCACGUGAACGGAGGCGUUGGUGACCAGUGCGACGGGGAACAGCGUCUGCGCCGUCGACAGCCAGAGGUAGCACAUCACAACCACCACGGCGUGGUGGUAGACGUGGAGGAAGGAGAGCCGUCGGGAGCGGGACCCGCUGAGGAUGAUCAACAGGGUGUCAAUGAAUUCGAGAAUCUUCGAGAGGUAGAAAACUUGGGCCCAGAAGAACGUCGGUCCACGCGGAGGCGUGUGAUUGGCCGGGAAGCAGAUCGCCCAUCUCCAAUCGCGAUUGGGCAUCUGGUGGAAGGCGGCGAGGGAGCAUCCGGCGGCCAUGACGAGUGAGAGGAGGCAUAGGAUGAGGUUGUGCGCGGCGGUGAUGACGCGGAGGGAGACGGAGGAGAGGGGUGGGAGAAAGCCAGAGCGGUGGAGAGAGAGAGUUAUUACGAGAUAGGUGAUGACUGUGAGGGCAAGGAAAAGGGGAGAGGAGCCUAAUGUGUGUCCUUGUUUCCACUCGAAUUGGCUUAUUGCUGGGUGAUCCACCAGCCAGUAGCGGACGGAGGGGAUGACAACCUCCAUGGCAGUUUAGAUAGAGAUGGAACGAUUCUUCUCUGGCUGAAGCUAAACUUUACUCUCUGUGACGGAGAAGUUCGGAUAACCCUCAUUAGCCGACGGUGGAGUACGGACAAGACAGCUUGUUCUUUACUUGAGAUGAGGGGAGACAUGAAGGAUGAAGAAAAGAUAGAUGUGCAAAAGGGGCAAAGCAAACCAAACCCCGUUUAGAAAUUUUGCUAGAAGGAAGACUGCAAUCCCAGAAAGUCAUCCUUAGUUUGCCAUUCCUCCUUCUCAUUCUCAACAGGACCUCCAUAGUCCAUACAUCUAUAUAUAUCUAUAAUAAAAGCUUUAGUGUAAACUUUUCUGCCCUUUAAUAAAAACAUAUUCUCUCCCUUGACCUAUCUGAUGCCUAUGAACCCUUUUCCAAGAGUGGGUAUCCGGGUGAAUGGAUUCCGGAGAAUGAGAAGAUACCAUUACUACUGGUGCAGGCAAUGCCAGAGAUCGGUCAGAACUGUUUCGUCGAACCCCAUCGGAAUUUUAUGCCCCCGUUGUUUUGCCCAAGUCCGGUUCGAACUGGAUGCUACUCGAAGCAGACUUAGGAGGAGGGGAGAAGAAGAAGGCUCUCCAAGAGGAGGAGGGUUGCUUGAUACUUUGGCUGUCCUGCUGGAUCCCCCACUCGGUCAAGAUGACCAGGACCGUGAUCUCCGGCAAGUCCAUCGUUCUCGUGUGAUCUCACAGUUUAUUGGUCCAGAAGAACUCACUAAUCCCUGGCCUCCUAUGCCGGUCUCUUCAGAUGAAAAUGAUCAAUUUGAUACCGCCCCCGGGUCCAGCGCUCCUGAUGAAGAUGAAAGAUUUGGGCCGCCUCCGGCGACAUCUUCAGCCAUUGAAUCUCUACAGAGAGUGGUGAUCACUCCAGCUCAUUUGGCCAGCGACUCGACCUGCGCCGUCUGCAAGGAUGAGUUUGAGGUUGGUGAUGAAGUGAGGGAGCUGCCUUGCAAGCAUUUCUACCAUUCUCUCUGCAUUCUCCCGUGGCUUCGAAUCCACAACACCUGUCCUGUUUGUCGCUGUGUUCUGCAAAGCUCCCCAACCCAAUAUGACAAAGAAGAUAAUCAUCCUUCUGGGACAAAUCGUUUUCACCAUGAAGAGGAAGAAGAUGAUGAUGACCUCAUUAACCCUGUUGUUUGGUUUUGGAAUCGGAUUUGGUCAUUAUGGCCUUUCAGUUUGUUGCCGAACUGUAUGCACCCAUUAACACAUCGUCCUGAUUCAUGGCUUCUUCUAUAGGUGAGGGAAUAGCUUAAGAUUUGCAUUGGUUAUGAUAGAGACGGGGUUCCCAUAUUAAAAGUAGAAAUAAUUAUUAAUAUAUGACUAAAAUAAACAUGGUGUACAAACAAAUACUUAAUUUAAAUUAGUAAAUUUUAAUGACUUAUAUCAAGUUCAAUUUCUAUACUACAGUAUCUAUCCAAGUGCACUCGAAAUCAAAUUUUUGUUCAUAAGUUUAAUUUUAGUAAUGCUUUUGUAGUACCCAUUAAAAGUUACAGGAG